CAACAGACCCUUUAAGAAUUGAGACGAAAAUGAAAUUCUUUAUAUUUGCGUGUGCUCUCUUCGCUGCUUUCAACUCGUUGAAUGCCGACAUUAACAUCUGCGAAGGUGUUUCGAACUCCGUGUUUUUGCCCUUUUUGGGAAAUUGCUCUAAAUAUUAUAUAUGCAUGAAUAGUGUGGCCAUAGAACGCACUUGUGAACAGGGAUACAAUUUCGAUGCUAAGACGCAAUCUUGCACUUAUCCUGACCAAGCACAGUGCCUACCUACAUGCACAAAAGCCUUAUCCUCUUUCUGCUACGACAGAACAUGUACCAAAUACGUUUUGUGCUAUAGUGGAGUACCAGUACUACGGGAAUGCUGCGAUGGUUUACAGUACAACUCAGACACAGACCGUUGUGAUUUCCCACAAUAUGUUGAUUGUGUGGACAAUGUUUGUACAAUAUUCACUGAUCCUUCCAAUAUAACAUUCCUAGAGAGCAAGGCCUCUUGUAGCAAAUACUUUAUAUGUAUGGAAGGUCAAGCCUAUGCACAAAACUGUGCUAGUGGAUUGAUGUUUAAUUCUGAAUGUAAUUGCUGUGAUUUCCCAUCAAACGUAAAUUGCACAAUCAGCGCUGUUAAGCGUAAUAUCCAACCUUUCUCGAGAGCACCACCAAAACGUGCGGAUAUUGAUUGUCCAAAAGAAGGAACUCACUUCUAUCCACACUUACGUCCAGAAAGUUACUACUUCUGUAUGGAUGGUAGAGGCGUUAUACUUGACUGCACUCCAGGAUUGGUUUACGAUUCAAAACUAGAAACAUGCCGUGAACCACAAAAUAUUAAAUAAAUCCAAAAACUUCGAAAUUGUUUAUAUAAAGUUUAUAAAAUAAUUAAAUGUG